UAAAGAAAAAAACAUUUGACUAGUCGAACUCACAUUUGUUAGACUGAAAGUAGUGAAAGCUGAAAUCCAGUUGAUCAAGAAUGUCCGUGAAACUGCUGACCAUCACCCUGUUGGUUUUUGUUGUGUAUGUUAGUGCUACCAAGAAAAGUGUGUUUGAGAAUAUCGUAAAGCGAGCAUGCGGGGCUGAUGAAUUCACGUGCAAGAAUAAUAUAGGAUGCGCUGAUAAAAUUUGGGUCUGUGAUGCAGAGUUGGAUUGUUUAGAUGGCUCUGACGAAGAUGGAUGCCCCACCGAUUGUAGUCACGCAAACAUGUACAAAUGUGCCAAUUCCAAGUGUAUUCCACGUAUCUACCUGUGUGACGGCGAUAACGAUUGUGGCGAUGGAAGCGACGAGGCUACAUGCCCCUCUGGUUAAUCAUCGAAUGUUCUUAUCUCUGGGUCAGACAUGAGAGAUGACAUAUGUUCACUCACGUUAACCUUAUCGUAACCGCCGACAUACUUUUUUUAAAUUAAAAAAACUAUCAUUAUCUAAAAAUUAAUAAAGCUUGACAAACAUAA